AGAGAGAGAGUGAAGAUAGACAAGUGUUUUUGCUCUUUAUAAACAGAGCUCACUCUUCUCAUCUCUUUGCUCUGUGCUUUGCUUUGCUUUUUCCCAAAUGGCACAAGCUCUCUCAACUACUGCUCUGCUUCUCAAUGUGUCUCUCUUGUUAGUAAUGUUGUUGUUUUUCUCCAACAAUGUGCUUGGAAUGAAGCAACACCAUAACAAGAAACAAGCGACACAAAACUACAGAGAUGCACUCUCAAAGUCCAUACUGUUCUUUGAAGGGCAGAGGUCAGGGAAACUUCCUGCAAACCAGAGGAUGAAGUGGAGAAGAGACUCUGGACUCUCAGAUGGCUCUGCAAUGCAUGUGGACUUGGUUGGAGGGUACUAUGAUGCAGGGGAUAAUGUGAAGUUUGGAUUUCCAAUGGCAUUUACAACAACAAUGCUUUCAUGGAGUGUGAUUGAGUUUGGUGGUAUGAUGAAGGGUGAGCUUCAGCAUGCUAAGGAUGCUAUUCGUUGGGCCACUGAUUAUCUUCUCAAAGCCACUGCUCAUCCCAACACCAUCUAUGUUCAGGUGGGAGAUGCAAACAGUGACCAUGCAUGUUGGGAAAGGCCAGAAGACAUGGACACACCAAGAACAGUACUAAAAAUAGACCCACAAAACCCAGGUUCAGACGUUGCAGCUGAGACUGCUGCUGCACUCGCCGCUGCUUCCAUUGUCUUCCGCCGUUCAGACCCUUCCUACUCUAAACUCCUCCUCAAAACCUCCAUCAAAGUCUUUGAUUUUGCAGACAAGUUCAGAGGCCCUUACAGCAACUCACUCAAAUCCUUUGUCUGUCCAUUCUACUGCUCUUACUCUGGUUACCAGGAUGAGUUGCUAUGGGGAGCAGCAUGGUUACACAGAGCAACAAAGAACCCAAAAUACUUAUACUACAUCAAACUCAACGGUCAAACACUCGGUGCUGAUGAAUCUGACAACACAUUUGGUUGGGAUAACAAGCAUGUUGGUGCUAGAAUCCUCCUCUCCAAGGCUUAUUUGGUGCAGAAUGUGAAGGAGUUGCAUGACUACAAAGGUCAUGCAGAUAACUUCAUUUGUUCUAUAAUCCCUGGAGCUUCCUUCUCUUCAACUCAGUACACAAGAGGGGGUUUGUUGUUCAAGAUGGGAGACAGUAACAUGCAGUAUGUGACGUCUACAUCCUUCUUGUUGGUCACCUACGCCAAAUAUCUCACUUUCUCUUCUCAAACUGUGUCUUGUGCUGGCACUGUUGUCACUGCCAAGAAACUCCGCUCCAUUGCCAAGCGCCAGGUGGAUUACCUACUGGGUGAGAACCCAAUGCGGAUGUCAUACAUGGUGGGUUACGGAUCCAAAUACCCUAAACGGAUCCACCACCGAGGCUCAUCUCUGCCGUCCAUCUCGUCCCACCCUGCUCGGAUCGCAUGCCAUGCAGGCUUCUCCGUUCUCGGCUCAAUGGCACCGAACCCUAAUCUCCUCGUCGGAGCCGUCGUCGGUGGCCCUGACGCCCAAGACCGCUUCCCGGAUCUUAGAUCCGAUUACGAACAAUCCGAACCCGCUACGUAUAUCAAUGCUCCUCUCGUUGGCGCUCUGGCUUAUCUCGCCCACUCAUCCGGCCAGAUCUGAUCCCGAGGCACUCAAGACGUUAAUUACGUUUUUAGUUAAUUAAUUAGUGUUUAAUGAAGUUUAAUUAAGAAGUGGGACCCCGGUGUCAUCUGAAGAGAGGGCAUAGGUGGGUUUUAUUAUUAAUAUUAUUAAUAUUAUUAUUAUAUUGUUUUUAGGCUUUUGAAGUGAGUGAUUAAAGGGUUAAUUAAGGUUAAAGAGUGUUUUAGUGUUUUUAAGUAGGGUUUGACUAGUCAACCUUGCUUUUGUGUUGGUGUUUGUGCGAGUUGUAACUUUGUCUUGUUUCAAUGAAUUAAUAUUAUAAUAUAUAUAUAUUAGUUUGUUA